AUGAGCGCGAUGGAUUUGAUGACCAGUAGGAUACUGAAGUCGAUUAGAUACAGGAACUAUGAGACAGGGAUUUUUGCCUGUGCAUGCAUGCUUCCGUACGGAGACGAAUUCAAGAUUCUGAUGGGGAUACUGCUGUAUAUGAAUGAAGAGUAUUCGAGGGCGCUUUUUCAUCUGCAGAGCAUAAACACAUACACUUCGAAGUACUAUGAGUGUCUAUGCUACAAGAAACGGAAGGAGUACAAGAAAGCGAUUGGCUGCAUUGAAGAUAUUUUUGAGAAGAAGCCUGGGGAUGAUCCUGAAGCUGCCGAGUGGAUUCGGGAGAUGUUUAUUGAUGCAGGGGAUGCAGAGUAUUUGUACUCGCUGCUCGGGGAUCUCUACACGUUUUGCGGUAGCAGAGAAGAUGCAAUUGAGAGUUACCAGAGGUCUUUGGGCAAAGGGUAUGUGUUUUCAUCACUGGAGAACCUUUUGGAAGAGAACAAGGCACAAUCGUGUGUGAUGAGGAUGAAUGAGCAAUGUGCAGGCUUGAAGGAUGUGGUUGAGGAGUAUUUGCAUGAUAGUGUUGAUAAGAGAGACGGUGCACUGAAUAAGUAUAUGAAGAAGUAUCUGGAGAAGGUGCCUGGAAUUGGAUCGUAUUUCAUCAGCAAUGCAGCAAGGAUGUAUUUCAAUCUUGGGAUGAACGAGAAGAGCAAGAUGUGCUUCGAGCUGGUUAGAAGGAAGGACCCGAUGUUUGUGAGGAACAUGGACUAUUACUCGACUGUUCUUUGGCACAGCAAGGAUGCAGCAGAACUUGGGAGCCUGUGCAAGGGCUUUAUCAAGCACAUGCCAUGGUCUGCAAAUACAUGGAAAGCACUUGGGAACUUCUACAGCCACGAGGGAGACUACCAAAGAAGUGUUGUGUGCUUCAAACGGAGCUUGUGCAUUGAAGAGGAUGCAUACACAUACACGCUUCUCGGAUAUGAGUCUAUCCAAAGGAACGAGUAUGACAAUGCGAUGAAGUAUUUCAACAUGUCACUGCGCAUGCAUGAAGACAACUACAGGGCGAUGUUUGGCAGCGGACUUGUAUACAUGAAGACGGAGAAGCUUGACAAUGCGGAGUAUUUUCUGAGGAAGGCGGUGGAGACGAAUCCUGGGAAUCUGCAGAUCAAGGUGCACGUGAUGAAAUUCUACACAAAGAGAGGACGUGCGGAUGAAUCUGUGAAGGUGUUUGCGGAUGCAUUUGGAAUGAGCGAUACGGAUUUGCAUCAGAUUGUAAGAUGGGUUGUGGAUAAGAAGGGGCGAUUCAGAGAAGUAGAGGAGUUCCUGGUGCUUGAGCUUGUUGAGGCUCUUGUGCUGUUGAGCUUGGCAAAGCCUGCGAUGGAUGUCUUGGAGUGUGUUGAGUACAGAGGAGAGUCUUACGGUAAGAAGAAGGAGAUGGUCAUGGAGAUGAUGGAAUAA